AUGAAUUCUUUAGCAGGGUUGACCCUGCUGAAGCUGAGAAUUGGCUUACCGACAUUAAGAGAGGGUUUGAAGUGGUUGUGUCCUGAUGGAGACCAAGUGCCAUUGGUGGCUUUCCUCUUGAAGGGGAAUGCAUAUCACUGGUGGAAGACUGUCCCUAGAGGUUAUGCUGAUCCUAUCGCCGUCACUAGGGCGGAGUUUCAGCGUGUCUACAAACAGUUCUAUUUGCACUCAUACUGGAAUGCGAAGAAAUCUAAGUUCCUUCAUCUGAAACAAGGGUCAAUGUCCGUGUUUGAAUACGAGCACAAGUUCAAUGAAUUGUCCCGGUUUGCUCCUGAACUGAUUCCCACUGAAGAAGAGAAGUGCAGACGCUUUGAGAAGGGUUUACGGCUGGAUAUUCAGGCAGUGAUCACCGCCACCACUUAUCCUACUAUGAAGGCACUUGCUCAAACAGCGGAUAGAGUGUCGAAGAAGCUUAGUGUAGGUGAUGCUAGGCGUCCUAUGGACACAUCUGGCUUUGGUGGACCGAGUCAGGGUCCAUCAAAGAGGGGCGGAUCCAACUCCAGUUCAGCAGUGGGAGAUCUGGGCCUAGGCCAGCUUGGAGUCAGCAUUUUGGGCAGCAGUCGAUGGCCAGUGGGACAGUUUAGGAGGGAUUGUCCACAGCUGGGGCAGACCGGUGGUCCCAGUCAGAGGGGUAGUGCAGGCAGGAGACUAGGGCCUAGCAUAGGCAGGGCAGUCGAGGUCAGAGUUAGAGCCAGAGUGGUGCUUCAUCAUCAGCGACAGGCUCUUCAUCCAGUAAUGGAGUGUAGUCUACUUUCCAUGGUAGGGGUGGUAGGCGCCAAAGGGGAGGCACAUGCCACACCCGAUGUCAUCAUUGGUAUGAUUCCUGUUUUUGGUCUGAGACAACCUGAAGUCACUUUUCGUGAAGAGCAUAGAGUUCUCCCAUCAUGCCUAAUCUCAACCAUAACGGCUAGACGGUUACUCAAGAGGGGAUGUGUGGGAUACUUAGCUCAUAUCAUCGAUACUCGUGAGGUCACCCUAAAUCUAAAGGAUGUUCUUGUUGUUCGAGAAUUCUCGGAUGUCUUUCCGGAUGAUCUUCAUGGCUUACCUCCCUAA